AUGUCUCAUUUUCAAGAUGCGAAAAAUAUUACAAUAGUCGAAAACGAUCUAACAACAAGCGUCUGGCAAUCCGGCCGCCAAAGCAUUACAAUCGAUUUCCGCUCAAUUUUAUACUUGCGUGUCUUAUUUUCCGUAUCUAGUUUCGAAGACUCCGAUUUCGAUUACGAUAACAUAGAUGAUCAAUAUGGUACUUGUAAGUUCAUCGAAAAGGAUCCCGAGACUCGCUUGCUUUCAAAUGAAUCCGUUGAGGGUUCUGUGGUGGCUACCAACUCAAAGACAAAGGAUGGUCUGGCCAACAAUAGCGGGUACGAUGGAAAUAGUGAUAAAGAGGAUGAAGGUUCAGAGCGUGAGGAUGGUAGACAACGCGUGAACGAACAGCUUGAGAAUGUUUCUACACGUCAAGCAAAGAGAAAAAGGAAAAAAGCUGGCGUUCAAAUAUCUGAAGACGCAUCCGUUGUGUCAAGAACAAGUUCUAUGCCACAUUCUCUAGAUGAUCAAAUGAUUCCCGAGUCUAUCUCAUUUCUCAACGUGCGUGAUUAUCAUGAGCUCUGUCUGCUGCUCAAAGGGAUUGUUAACUGCACUCCGAAAGUACCUGCGGUGUUUCAUAUUGAAAAGAAAACACCAAAAUCUGAUAUUCUUGAGCAUCUGCAAAUAUAUUAUGAUGAUAUGAAACAAAAAGAUUCGCGUCGCAAUUACUUCACCUCUGCUUUCAAAUACGGAUCUCUUGUCCGCUAUCUAUCACGCCACCCUGAACUGAUUGACUACGAAGAGCAGAAAAUGUAUCUAAAGACUUCUUACAGGUUGAUGAAGAGGCAGGGUAAGCUUAGUGUUCGAGUAUAUGAAUUAUUUGGGAUCCUUGGUGAACAAUCAUUGAAGAAUGUGACUGCAAACACUAUGCUAUAUCUGGAGAAAAUCACCAAACCUCAGUUUAAACAAUUAAUUAGAUUUGUAAAGUCUGCGAAAAAAAAAGGCGACUCGACUCGCUAUGAAAAUUAA